AUGGCUGAUUCAAAAGACUUCGCUCAACUCCAAGCUGACUACGACCGACUGACAGACUCUUUGCCAUAUCUCCCACCCAAGGAGACUUUUUACUUAAAGUUUAAAGAUGUUUGUCUAAAGGUUCAUGCUCUAGUUAAUCCUAUCACUAAACUAGAGACCCAAAUAGAAACCUUCCGAAGAGAUAAGCAAUGCUGGAACCAGAAGACUCUCUAUCGUGAACUGCUACAGGAAACUGCAGGGAGACUACAGUUCCAGCUGCUUCUGUGUCAAUCGCAACUCGACACUCUCUACAUCUAUCCUCCUCUGAUGAUAGCAACAGGAGCGAUUACAGAAACGGAAUGGAGGUCAAUGAUGGCGCAAAAUGUACUAGACCUUGACGACCAGCCCGUAGCAACAGACAGAGCCGUGGUCGACCAGCUCAUCGGCACUCAACUGAAAAAGCUCGAAAAAUGUCUCUGGAAGUUGGAUAGACUCGAGGACGAACUGGCGGAAGAAGAUGACGAAGACACGUUGAACUUCAACCAGCAGGUUCUGCUACACCUCCAGGCCAUCCGCUCCAAAGUAGAGCAACUUGAACGCCAUCAUCUUCAAACGAUCUCUUCAAGAACGACAGGGAUCGGCUCCGUGGAUCUCUCUAUUGGGGGUCCCGUUGACUCCAACUACCACGAAUACUCAGACUCCGACGGGGAAACCAUGGAUGACCCAAAAAGCGAAGAUAAGGCUAAUGCUGACGUCCCGAAGCUCGUGGAUCCUGAUGACUCCAUGGAUCUGGAGGAUUCUUCAGAGACUCAGAAGCGCGAGGCUUCUCGCAUUCAGGAGAACAUUGCCUUUAUGGAGCCAUUAGACGACAGCGACAGUGACAUCAUCACGCCGCAGGAUCUUAAAGUACUCUUCGCAGAAGAGUUAGUGGAGAUUGAUGAAGCAGUGGGAGACGACAUCCACGAAGAGGAGAUUCAGGCGGCUCCAGAAGUGGUGGUUCAACCCCACGAUGAAGAGACGGAAGAAGAGCUUAUAGAGAGACUCAGGAAUGAGCUAAGGCAAGCUCAACAAGCUCGAGAGGAUUUGAGGAUGAUGAUGCGACAAAUCGAGACUGAUGACCCAGGUGCACGGAGAAGCUUUCUCCGUAGAAGGAUUCGAAAUGAGGACGAAAGAACCAUGCCAUGCGUUUUCUGCAAAGUGCGAGGAGACCACUACUCGGACAGCUGUAUCACGUACAUUACUACAAGAGAACGACGUGAAAUACUCGCGCGAGAGGGACGAUGUGGAGCCUGUCUAGACUGGUGGUGCGACGGUGGCCCACUAUGCCGCAAAAGGAACGCGCGAUGCCGUUAUUGCGGUGAAACAGGCCACAACGCGUGCAUUUGCGAUCUACCGGAUAGAACUAAAAGACGUGAGGAUAGACUCGAGAAUUUACGUAGAGACUUGGAGAACUCGACGACGAGAGUGCUGCGCAUCAAAAGGAGACUCGAACGACAUGGAGUCCACGACGCCUAG